CUGGAACCAUGGUCUGGAAUGUGCACUGUCAGUGUUCAGCUUCUGAUGAUGAGCACCACCACCACUGUCUGAGGAGCCUCUUGGUGGAAUGGAUGAACUCCAGUUUGAUUUCCUGGGUAUCCCUGUCCUUGACUGCUUCUGUGGGUUGGGGUUCCUCCUUCUGUCUUUGUGCUAUCUGAAGACAAAUGCAUGCUCCCCAGUAUUUUGUCAUCAGAGAGAACUCCAUCAUCAACAUGGGAGAUCCAACAGGAGGAGGAGAGGUAGAACAUUUCAAGGUAGGAGAAUUUGCCAGAGAGAAGUAGACGAGGGGAGGAAGUUGCUUUCUGUUCUCAAAAGCCCCCUAGGCCAGCAUUAUGACACCACGCACUUUCGACAAUUGCUGUGUCCAGACCCGCUGUGUGAGGUUCGUCAACAGAGUCCUCAUCUCCAGACACCUCCGGGCACUCUCACACCUGCUGAAGACACCAGGGUCAGAGACCUGACUCUCCUAUAUGAACAGAGAUGCCUCUUCAGCCUUUUACAACGGAAAAAAUGCCUACAAAAGAAAAUCCAGUCCAAGAGCCGUCAGCACAGCCAGUAACACUGACAGGAGUAGCUCUUGUGAUAGGAAUAAAGUCUCUAGAGCAAAAUAAAAAACGAAUCUUCCUUCUGA